GGCGGGCGGCGGCGACGGCUGCGGCAUGCCAUGGCGGGGGCCCCGGCGGUGGGCACGCGGUCGGUGCUGCGGCAGCUGAGGCUGCCGCCGCGGCUGACGGAGGCCGAGCAGCAGGCGUCGGCGGCUCAAACAGUUCCUUGGCUUCGCGGAAAAGGCCUGCGGGUGCACCGCGACCUCGAACCGGGCCCACGUGCGCCGGGCGGUGUUCCACGCGACCGAGCACGUCGAGCUGGCGAAGCUGGUAGCCGAGGGGCUCCAGGGUGACGCCAGCCCGAUCGAGUCCAUCGCGCGGAUGGAGUGCCCUGUCACGGUGCCUGAUCGGACGAUGGCGAAGAUCAAGGUGCCCGAGUCCGCGCCAAGGCGCAUCAUAUUCGCUUCCAAGGCGCUGCGUAAGCACUUUUCGCUCACCGAGACCCAGACCUGCAGGGGCUGCAGCAAGCGCUCGCGGUGCCGCUUCUUCAAGGCACCGGCGCAGGACGACGAAGUGGCUGGCGUCAAGCACAUCGGCCGCGUGCUGUUCGGCAUGUCGCAGUACUCGCGAGCGCACCUGCAGCGCCCCGACGCCUUCCCGUUUUAUUUUUCGCGCGAGAACCUGGAAAGCGCGGAGGUGCUCCUGCGGGCGGUCGGGGGGCAGCUGAUGGCCGAGGACGAUGCCUUCUACAGUGGCAGCCCCCUGCACUCCGACAUCGAGGUGGCCGAGCCGGAGACAGCCCGGGAGCUGCUGCUGCGCGAUGCCAGGCGCAAGCUGGAGAAGAGGCAGAAGCGCCUGGAGGAGAAGGCCCUGUCCCUGCCGCAGUGGAUGCGCGAGACGCUCAAGCCAGUGCCCGGGCCUGGCAUGACGGAGCGGCAGCGCGCGCUGCUGAGAGAGGCGCAGAAGCUGGCCGGGGCCGACAGCGCCAGCGCCGAGGCGCCCAGUGGCGCCCCAACGGAGGAGCCCGACGAGUGGAUGGAGGAGGGCGCGACGCCGGGCGAGCUCGCCGGCCCGCUCCUGUUGGACCCCGCGCCGAUGGAUGCCCGGGGUCACAGGGGCGACCAGGAGAGCGGGCAGGAGGACCCAGGCGGCGCGCGGCCCAUCAUCGUGGUCGACGGCGUCAAAGACCUGCCGGUGACGGAGCGCUUCCAGCACCUCCCUCCGAAGGCGAAGGAGCGCCCCGUUGUGCGCUUCAGCGGCGACGGCGCUGGAAUUUACACCGUCACCGACGAGCGCGCCACUCACCGGAUCGAUCUCGACCAGGUGGGCGGGGACAUCGACGUCGUGCCCGAGGCUGGGCAGGAUUCCAUCCUGCGUGGUGGCUACGUAGUCACGGACUUGCUCGGGGAGGGCUCCGAGAACGUACCAGAGGAGGUGCUGCAGUACGUGUCUCUGCCCCCGCGGGGCCUGGACGGAGUCCAGCGCUACCACAGCGGCAGGCCGGCGAAGAAGAUCGACCCGCGCCUCCUCGAGGAGCUCUGGCAGCGCGACGCCCAGGGGCAGGCAGAACUGCCGUUCCUUCAGAGGAUCCCCUUCGACGGCCCCCUCGGCCGCUCUGGCGGCUCGCUGCCGCCCGCGAGGCUGCCUGGCCGGCUGCUGGCGCGCGGGCAGGAGGCCAUCGUGCCCCCGCCCGAUCGCGACAGCGCGGCCGCCAGGCCCGAGGGCGCCGCCGAGGCGCCAGGAGAGCCCACCGAGGACGACGAGGGAGCCAUCUUGGAGGCUGGACUCGCCGCCGUUUGGCUUCCUGGACCGCGACCACGACACCGAGGAGUCGCUGCUGGCGGCGGAGCGCCUGGCGGCAACGGCCCUCGCGGGCGAGAGCGGCGAGCGCCAGCGCGCCGUUGCGCCGUCCGCGCCAGCACCGGGCGGCGUGAGCGAGGAGGACGCCCGCUUCGCGGAGUGGAGCCGCAGGGCAGCGGCGCGACCGCCGCCGCGGCCGAUCGGGGUGCUGGAGCCUUCGGUGGACUUUCGGAGGCUCGGGGACCCGCGCCACCUGGACAAGGUGCAGGUCACCGUGGAGGCGGAGAGCGCCGUGGAGUUCCGCCAGGGGCGGCCGCUGCCACAGGACGAGGCGUUCGUGUCCACCUUCCGCAAGCCGCUCCUGGCGCGGGCGGGGGACGACGACCCCCUGGGCGCGGCCGCCCCCGGGGUGGACAUCGAGGCGAUCCAGGCGGAGUGCUCGCAGGCCGAGCACAGCAGCGCCUCCGGCUCCGAGCCCGCGGGCCUGCAGCAGGACAGCCACUUCAUCCUGGGCGGGAGCGUGAAGUUCCCGAAGCUGCCGGCGGCGGGGGCGGCGGCCCAGGCGCCGGCAGGGCCGCCUGGCCGCGCGCCGCCGCGCGCCGACGGCACCGUGCAGGCCGCUCCGGCGACGCGGCGCCUGCCACCGCGCCUGGGUAGGCUGCGGCAGGCUCGCAUCGAGAACCUGAGCGACCUGCUGAGGCCCGGGCCCGCCGCGCCCGCGGCGUCCCCCGUGCUCGGGGAGCUCGCCGACCCAAGCGGCGGCGGCGCGGGGGGCGAGGGCGCGGCGCCUGCGUGGCUCCAGCGGCCCAGGCGGGAGGCGGACGCGCGAGAGGAGCGGAACGCGAACAUCGCCAUGCAGCGGCUCCUGCAGCAGCGCCUCAAGGCGAACGUCCAGAAGCGCUUCCCGCAGCAGGGCGGGCGCCCGAGGGGCACCGGCGGCGCGUGAGGGGUGCGCCUCUCUGCCGUUGGCGGCGCGCGGGGCCCCGCGGAGCACUUGGAGGGGCCCCCUGGCGCGCCGCUGGCACUGCGGGCGCUCCGCGUGCCGCGCCGUCGAGCGCCGGCGGCGCCGGGCCCCAUCUGCUCUCGCGGCGGCCUGGGCCCCCCGCGUCCUCCCUCGAUCUUCCUCCCUCCUCCUCCCUCGCUCCUCCCUCGUUCCUCGUCCCUCGUCGUCCCUCC